AAAACAUACUGCCGGCCCAUAAUUGACAUCAAUCUGUAUCUGAAACAGUAUCAAUCAACAUGUUCAGCAAAAUCGUAGCUAUCAGCGCCCUCCUGGCCGCGGCUAAUGCUGGUCUCUUAGGCCACGGACACGCCGUCUCUUCCCAAAGCAUCGUCCGCCACGAUGAGGCCGUUGUACACGCCGCCCCUGUAGCCCACUACGCCGCUCCUGUCGCCCACUACGCUGCCCCCAUCGCCCACUACGCCGCCCCCGCCGCUCACUACGAUGGCCACGAUGAAUACGCUCACCCCAAAUACGACUUCUCUUACUCCGUGGCCGACCCCCACACCGGUGACCACAAGUCCCAACACGAGAGCCGCGACGGAGACGCCGUCCAUGGCUCCUUCCUGGUGCAGCCCGACGGCUCCGUGCGCAAGGUCGACUACUCCGCUGACGCCCACAAUGGAUUCAACGCCGUUGUACACAACUCCGCCCCCGCCGCACACCCCGCCCCUGCUGUGCACGUCGCUCCCGCUGUGCACGCCAUCCCGGUCGUUCACGCCGCCCCCGUCGUCCACGCCGCCCCCGUCGUCCACGCCGCCCCCGUUGUACACGCCGCCCCCGUUGUACACGCUGUACCCGUUGUCCACGCUGCUCCCGCUCAUGCCUACCAUCAUUACUAAAAAGCAAUAACUAAAUAACUUAGUGAAAUGUCUUCCACCAAAUAUUGUUUUUAUUUUUGUGAAUAAUAUGUUUACAACAAUAAAAUGAAAAAAAAUAAAAAUAUA